GCAAUAGACACUCACAAGCAAAUUGUUAUUAACAACACUUUGAUUUUAUUCUCUGAUAAUAAAAAAAUUAUCUUCUUCAAAAUGAACAAAUUGAUGUCCUUCAUUGUAAUUUUCGCACUGCUGUCCAUUGCGACGAACUUUGCAGCUAGUUGUUGUCAAAAUGGCGGAGGUGGUGGUGGUAGUGUUUCUUAUCCCGUCACAUUUGCUGACGCAGGUGAUGCUUACGGAGGUGAUGAUGCCGUUGCAGACGGACAAGUGGGCAUCAGUGCGAUCAAUGGUGUUGCCCAGGGUGGUGAUUCUGAAACAGAUAAUAGUGACGCUGAUCAAACCUAUGGCGGAGGUGGCAGUUCUAGAGGAGGUGAUGCUAGAGAAGGUGGUGGUAACACUCAAUCCGCAGAUGGAAGCGUAACGAACCUCGCAGGUAAUGCCGUAGGUGGUGGCGCUGGUGUGAGUAGUGGAUGUAAUGGAUGUUCUACUCCAUGUCCUACAUAAAGAUCCGAUCCUGUCACACGGCAGAUUAAGUGCUCCGAAGUAUCGACAGACCGCUGACGCCGAAAGGAAACGAAAUUUUGGAUUGAUUACAGAAUACUUUAAUCUCAAUAAUGAAAUAAUAUUUUAUUCGCAUUGUAUGUCGGGUUAAAUACUAAAUACACUUUAUAAGCAUCAUA